GGGCGGCUUAGAUGCGCCACGGCUUCGGUAGCGACCGGCUGUCCUCUGCUGCUUGAGCGGCGCCCGCACCUUCCCUAGGAGCUCGCAGCAGCCGGCUGGCCUCUGCUCCACGGUAACCAUGUGCGACCGGAAGGCGGUGAUCAAAAAUGCAGACAUGUCGGAAGAGAUGCAACAGGACUCGGUGGAGUGCGCUACCCAGGCGUUGGAGAAGUACAACAUAGAGAAGGAUAUUGCGGCCCAUAUCAAGAAGGAGUUUGACAAGAAGUACAACCCUACCUGGCACUGCAUUGUGGGCCGAAACUUCGGUAGUUAUGUGACACACGAAACCAAACACUUCAUCUACUUCUACCUGGGUCAGGUGGCCAUUCUUCUGUUCAAAUCUGGUUAAAAGCAUGGACUGUGCCAAACACCCAGUGAUCCAUCCAAAAACAAGGACUGCAUCCUAAAUUCCAAAUACCAGAGACUGAAUCUUCAGCCUUGCUAAGGGAACACCUCGUUUGAAUCUGUUGUGUUGUGUACAGGCCUCAUUCUCUGUACAAGUCUGUGGUUAUAAAAUUAGUAAAACAGCUUACAUUUGUAUUUAUUUUCUAGUCCAUACUUCUGUACCCCAUUUUUUUCUCCCUUAGGUCAUUCCUUUAAAAAUAAAUCUGUUGGAGAUGUAUGUCUCUGUAAGUUUGUUCAAGGAAGAUCGGGUUGAUGAGACUUAGCAGUUGGUAAGUGACUGGUCUGUUGUCUGAGGUACUUCUGUUGUGUAGGGUUAGACAGUUUAGUUCUCUUGAUGGAAUGUUUGGCAGGCCACUCCUGUCUUUCCAGAUGAUUUGGAUUAUUAGCCACCGGUCUGAGGCCCUGGCCCUGUCAGCCUAGCACUUGGGAAGCUAAGGAAGGAGUAGAGCAGGUUCUAGGCGGGCCUGGAUUAGGUGAGUCCCGCAAGAGUUCGCUUGCGAGGCUGCCGCUUUCACUGGCUUGCUCAGUCCAUGUGAGUCACAGCUUCACUUGGUGACCUAGCGAAAGCUGUGGUCCCUGUGGUCCCGGAGUUGCCAGGUUCCCCCACAGUCAGUUUGGAGCUCCUGUAGCCCAAGAAGAGAGGCUUGCCUAGGAGACUCCUAUGUUCUGUCAGGACCAGGAGUGUGAGACUUUGCUGUUCUUGUGUGUUGGUCAGUGGUUCUCAACUGUGUAGAUGCUAAGACCAUUAAAGGCAUGCCCUACCACUGCCUGGCAACCUUAGUGUUCCUUUGUCCCUGCCAAGUACUGGGAUUACAGAUGGGCACCUUCUGAUUGUUUUACCGUUUUGUGACAGACAUAUGUCUCCUACUUUCUGUAGAAAUGAUGGGUUACUUGGAGUCAUGUGACCACAGAUAGGGCAGUUCAGUGUGUCUAUUUGAACAGGUAAAACUUGGCAUGAAUGGAGCCCCCCUCCCUCCUCGUGACCUGACUGUAGUUUUGGCCAUCAGACUGUAAUUGCUAAGUCUCCAGUGGCAGUCCCCAGAGCCAAGCAAGGCCAGCACGGCUGGACCCUGAGGGGUCUAAUCUCACUUGAUGAGGUUUUGUUUCAGGAGCUGGUGACUUGUAUUUUCAGGUUUAGAUGUGAGAACAUGUUGCUAUAGAAAUAAAGUUGGUUUGAUGGUGUAUGGAGUUUAUCCCAGCGCUGGCUAAAAAACAAAAUACAACACAUUCUAAGGUUUAGCAUUUUCUCAUGCUCUUUACUGCUGUUCUGAGAUGAUCUAUAAAUGACCCCUAGUGUGCACUA